GUUCCUGUUUUCAAGACCAGGGGGAGGAAAAAGACCGUUCUGCUGAGCUUGGGGCGCCUUGUUUUACUACAGCAGCGCAAGGAUGAUGAUUACGGAUUUGGGGCUCCUACUAGGAGUAACGUUGCUGUGUGCAGUGUUACCUGUGGAUGUUCAUGGGGCAGUUCCUCCUGCUGGUGCGAUGGUGAUUGAGUGUCGGGAUCGGUACUUCUGGGUGUCCCUGGAUACCGCCUUUGCUGGCAGUAAAUAUCGUUUUGAUAUUGCUAAUGGUGCAACUGUGCGACGGAUCAUUGACCCGCUUGCCUCCGAGUGUGGCUUCACCUACAGCAAUAACAGUGUGACUGGCCGGCUGAUCUUCAGAGCUUCGUACUUUGCCUGUUAUGUACACAAUGAGCUUGACAGUGUCUUUACCCUCACCUCUAACUUUGUGAAAAUUGACCCCUCUGGUGGAGAGACAACAUUCCCCCUGAGCAAGACCUGCACCUUGAGUAUCCCAUGGAAUGCAAGGGAAGUAAUCUGUGAGGAGAACUACAUGGAGGUGUCUGUGAGAAGGACUGUGCCACAGAUCUCUCAGACCCAGAUAAUUUCCCAAGAAUGGGAUAUCACCUAUUCCAUAGCCCAAAGAGCUGCCUUGGCUACAUGGCAGGUGGUCUUCCUAAAAACUGGCCUGGCUCCUACGACCAUGAACACAAGCUAUGCCUGGAGCCAGGGAUAUGUGAUGGGUUCUACUCCUGGAAGGGUUGUGUUCCGCUCUCCGUAUGGACAGCCCCUCUCUGAGCUGGUCAUGGUUAAUGGCAUUCAGGUGGAGACUAUCCAUGCGACAAUCUUCUACCGCCAGAAGUGGAUGCUGGUUCUUAUUGACAUGUCAACAGCCUGUACAACAAAUCCUGGCUCAUUUGAUGGUACUAAUCUGUUGUGGAGUACCCCUAUUGUGUUGCGCCCACUGGUCCAGGUUCCCACUGGAUUUGUGAGUAGCAGCAUCCGCAUGGGUGUGGAGGGCCUGCUGCUGGAUAAUGCUACCAUGUUGCAGAAGGGUUAUGGAAUGAGUGUUGGUCCAACACUGGUGGAGAUCCAAAUUCCCUUUGGGGCUGAUGGAGGGUCCAGAGAGGUGCAUGUGAUUGACAACCAGUAUAGUGAGCGCUACAUCAUUAACCUGUACUAUGAGCACAUCUUUGCUGAUGGGAGCCAGGAGCUGACCAGACACAGGAUGGCGAGACUAGUCCACACCCCUUACUUGCCACAGACUCCCUUUACCAUUAACCAAACCAUCCUGGCAGAGAGAGUGUUCACUGUCUAUCUGGGUGUCUUCAACCCUGAUGUGGCGCUAAUUGCUGUGGAUCUCAAUGGGGUGCCCCUGACUGUACCUCAAGCUCAACUCCGUGGCUUUACGAUCUCGACGGUCCAGCACCCCAAUGGCACCCAUGCUUAUGUGCUCAAGGUCCCCUUUGAAGAUCCAAUUGUACUAAAAAGUUAUUCGGGACCAACAACCAUGAUGUACGUCUUGAAUAUCAACUACACUCUCAACAUUGUCCCACAGAAUGAGCCAUACUACCACCCAGCUACUGUGGCUGCACAAAUCCGCAUACCUAUUAACCAAGACCUCACUGCUGUAUGCAAGGAAAAGAGCAUUUUAUUCUCCAUAACACAAAUGGAAAUGUCCUACUUGUGGGAGAUCUGCAUUGGCUCUGAUCCUCUGACCCCAGAGCUGGCAGCAAACCGGGGUUACAUUCUCAAGAACACCACCCAAGGCCUCACCCUGGAGGUGCCACUCUAUACAAUUGGGUACACCUAUGAGGAUAUUGGCCUCAAUAUGUUCUUUGGCAUCUUCACACUUAGCAUAAGGGAUGCCAGCACCUUAAGUGUGGUAGCAGUGAGCACAAAGCGCUGUCCCUUCAAUUCUGAGGAGCUUGUUGUGUGUAUGCCAAAUGGGACUAUGACUGUAGUGGCCAGUGUUGCAUCUACAGUUCCCAUGGUUGACCCUCUCAGAACAACCCUCCUGGACAGAAGCUGCAAGCCCAAUGAAACCAAUGCUACAGCUGUUCUGUUCACCUUCAGUGUGACUACCUGUGGAACCAGGUUCAUGGUUGAUGAUCACUAUCUGAUGUAUGAAAAUGAGGUAGUAUUCAAUGGGGUUUUCCUGCCUGAGAGCGCUCCAGUUAUCACAAGGGACAGUGAAUACAGGUUGACUGUACGGUGUUAUUACCCUGUUAAUGACACCCAGAUGCUGGCUUUGGACUGGGUGCCUGUUCCAGCUCCACGCAGUGCUGGCAUUGGCUCCCUUAUCCAGGCUUACCCUUCCAAAGGCCUGAAAAGAAGCAGGGCUGUCCCAAGCACCCACAAUGGCAUUAUGAGAGGUAAAGGUGCCAACAAGGAGGCUGUUGCUUCCCCUCUGCAGGAUGAGGAAGGUCUGGAAUCCCCCUCUGUACCAGCCCUGGGAGUUGCCAUCGUUUUCCUGGGUGUCUUCUUGCUUGCUUCUAUUCUGUUUGUGAAAACCAGAUGCUAAAUUGUUUGCCAAUAAAACUUUGAACUUCCAUUUG